CAGGAUAUAACACCGAGCGAAUCCAGCCCAUGAUUCGGACUCAGCCAAAAUGAUAGCUACAUCCUUUCAAAUUCUUCAACGAAGUAGGGGAAACAGUCCGUUUAUACUUAGUUCCAUUAGACGGAAUUUAACUCUCGAUAGUUGUAAACAAAAAAAAAUGGCAAAGCUGCAAUUAGAAGAACGAGACUCUGUAUUAAAACCAUUAUUACAGAAAGGUUGGAUAGUUAAAAAUGAAAAAGAUGCAAUUUAUAAAGAGUUUUCUUUUAAAGAUUUUAAUCAGGCAUUUAGUUUCAUGACUGGCAUAGCCCUUCGAGCAGAGAAAAUGGAUCAUCAUCCUGAAUGGUUCAAUGUUUACAAUAAAGUGAACAUUACUCUCACAUCUCAUGACGUCAAUGGCUUGUCUCACCGAGACAUUAAACUUGCAACAUUUAUCGAAGAAGUUGCGAAAUCUACUAUAACUGUCUAAUAAAAUAAAAAUAAUUUCAAAAACUUUUUUCAUGAACGAUCAUGCUCGUUUAUACAAAUUUAAAGUUAAUAUUUUGUAUUGUAAUUCAUUUGCUAUAAUGAUUACUACGUCAACAAUUACUUACUGUCUAUGGUAAUAUCAAGGUAUUCUGAUAAAAUAAGGGUCCUACGAGUUUUUUUAAGUUCCAAAUGCUUAUAAUGAAAAUAAUUAUCAUUUAACUUUUUUGAUGUGUUCGUUGACUCGGGGCAGUAAAUAUUUUCAGCUAGUUUCUCAAUAACACAAGAUACUCAACAAAAUCUUGCAUUCCACGUGUCGAAAAUUGAUUGAAAUAACAUGAAAUAUUAUAAAUUUUCGAAAAUAAAUUUUUUUAAUAUAUGAUAACAAGAAUUUAUUUAUAGCCGUAAGCUAGACGGUGCACAGAAAAAACAGUCAACUUGACUCAAGAAAAAUAUUGUCUUCCCAUUUUUUUUCUUGAUUCAAGAAAAAUGAAACACGAUUCAAAACAUUUGUUUUUUGUCCAAGAUAAUAAAUUCUCUUGUUCCGAAAUAGUUAUUUUUUGAAGUAAAAUUAUCUUGCUCCUAAAAAUCAAUUUCUUAGAUAAGAACUAUAAAUUUCAUGAGUUAAGGCUGAGCCGUACCCUGUCGAAAAGCUCUCAUAAAUUCUGAUAAGAUAUUGAAUAUUUUUUAUGAGAAUCUAUGAGCUUCGAAAAUAUCUAUGAGAUUUAAAAAAAUUCUCAUAUGAAUUUUUAUGAGAAUCUAUGAGUCAAAGCUUUUGAUGUGUUCCUAUCAUGAUUUCCGUACUAGAUUUUUAAAAGAAUGAGUAAGAUUUUUUAAUUUAUGAGAUUUUGUGACUCGAAUUCCGCCAACGAUUAUGAGAUUGAAUAAGUACUUUCACUUCUAUAAGAUUGUUACAGUUUAUUCUAAUCUAUUUUCAAUAAGAAUUGAUCAGGCGAAUUCCGAUGUUAUAAUACUUACAAAAUCUCAAUAAGAUUAUUUUUUUAUAUGAAAUUUCCAGAAUUUAUAAGUUUUAGUAAGAGUUAUCCUAGGAGAUAAUAUCUUAUUGAAUAUCAUAAAAUAUUUGUCAUAUUUUAUGAGAAAAUAUUUAACAUGUAUUUCUUCGAAAAUUUAUGAGACUGAAUCAGGAAUCACAUGGACAAAUGCAGACCUUUUUCUCAUAAAAAUUUUAUGAGAAUUAGUAAGAAAAUCUAUAAUCGAAUUAACUUGUAAAAACUUAAAAGAUUUAAUUUUAAUUUAAAAGCUAUGUGAUUUAUGAGUUUUUGUAAGUUUUAGUUAGAAGGCUAUUACUUAUAAAAUAUUAUGG